AUGUAUGUGUCUGAGUAUAGUGUCCAUGGAGGCCAAGAGGUGACAUUAUACGCCCAGAACUGGAGUUUCAGGCAGGUUGAAAGGAUUGUGGACAAGAGGAAGAACAAGAAGGGGAAAUGGGAAUAUCUUAUCCGAUGGAAAGGCUAUGGCAGUACCGAGGACACGUGGGAGCCGGAGCAUCACCUCCUGCACUGUGAAGAGUUUAUUGAUGAGUUCAACGGGCUGCAUGUGUCCAAGGACAAGAGGGUGAAGUCAGGGAAGCAAGCUGGAGCCUCUAAGAUCCUUCGUGAUACCCGCAGCCCCCCAGUGGAGAGACUCUCCCACAGGCCUCUGGAGCCUGGGAAGAGCAAAUCAACUUCCCACAAGAGGAAGCGCAUCAACUCUCCCCUGUCUAGGCCCAAGAAGGGGUCUUCAGGAAAGGCCCCUGGAGCUCCAGACAGGGCUACUAAGACUGUGUCUUAUAGGACUACUCCCAGUGGCUUGCAAAUCAUGCCCAUGAAGAAGGCUCAGAACGGCUUGGAGAAUGGAGACGCUGGCUCGGAGAAGGACGAGUCACACUUUGGAAAUGGGUCCCAUCAACCAGAUUUGGAUUUGAAUGACCAGGUUGGGGAGCAGGAUGCCAGUGAUUGUGAUGGGACCCACUCUGCGCUGGUGGAGAACGGAGUUGGUCCUGCUCUGACCAAUGGAGGCCUGAACCUGCACAGCCCCGUGAAGAGGAAGCUGGAGACAGAGAAGGACUAUGUCUUUGACAAGAGGCUCAGGUACAGCGUCCGCCAGAAUGAAAGCAACUGUAGGUUCCGUGACAUCGUCGUGCGGAAGGAAGAGGGCUUCACGCACAUUCUUCUGUCCAGCCAGACUUCAGAUAACAAUGCAUUGACACCUGAGAUCAUGAAGGAAGUGCGUCGAGCACUGUGCAAUGCGGCCACGGAUGACAGCAAGCUGCUGCUGCUCAGUGCAGUGGGCAGUGUGUUCUGCAGUGGCCUGGACUAUUCCUACCUGAUCGGCCGGCUGUCCAAUGACCGGAGAAAGGAAAGCACUCGUAUCGCAGAAGCCAUCAGAGACUUCGUGAAGGCCUUUAUCCAGUUUAAGAAGCCUAUCGUGGUAGCCAUCAAUGGACCAGCACUGGGCCUGGGAGCAUCCAUUCUACCCCUCUGUGACAUCGUAUGGGCCAGUGAGAAAGCCUGGUUUCAGACACCAUAUGCUACUAUUCGCCUCACACCUGCUGGCUGUUCCUCCUACACCUUCCCCCAGAUCCUGGGUGUGGCGCUGGCCAAUGAAAUGCUGUUCUGUGGGCGGAAACUCACUGCCCAGGAGGCAUGCAGCCGCGGCCUUGUGUCUCAGGUCUUCUGGCCCACGACAUUCAGCCAGGAAGUCAUGCUGCGGGUGAAGGAGAUGGCAUCCUGCAGUGCUGUGGUUUUAGAAGAGUCCAAAUGCCUGGUCCGAAGUUUCCUGAAGUCAGUGCUGGAAGAUGUGAAUGAGAAAGAAUGCCUCAUGUUGAAGCAGCUCUGGAGCUCAUCCAAAGGCCUGGACUCCCUGUUCAGCUACCUACAGGACAAAAUCUAUGAAGUCUGA